AUGUGUCUCGUCAGCGUCAAGGAAGACCCCGACGAGUAUGCCGUUCCAGCUCGUGUCGUACGACGAGAACGCCGACGCUCACCACCUCGCACCACAAGAGUCUCUCGCGCAUACUAUGAGGAAGCUCCACGUCCUCAGGAGCGAACAUAUAUCAUACAACAACCUCCUCAAACUCCACCCGUCAUAGCCUAUGCCCCGCCAUUCGAGCAACAUGAUCAUCAUAGCCAUUACGACCCACCUCCGCCCCUACCGCCAGCACCUGCAUCAGAAAGACACUCUCACGCCGGCCCUCAAUAUGUCGAAGUAACACCAUCGUCGCGCUCCAGCAGUAGCAGCAGCAGCAGCUCAAGCGACGGAGGCCGUUCCAAAACAACUUCUCGCUCCAGAGCCACUGGCCCCCAGAGCGAAUAUCACCUUCGUGAGAAGGAGCUCUUGCGAGAGCGUAGAGGCCCACAGCAUCAUUCAAACAAGGACGAUUACGAAACAUAUCGCUACGUACAACCUCCUCGAAGCUCGGGCCACCGCAGCAGUGGUAAUCUGGGCCCCAGAAGCAGCCACAUCGAGGAUCCUCGUACCAGCCGCUCGAGUUACAAUGCAAGAGAGAUAGUGGUCGAGAGCGGCAGGCAACGUGAAUACCGACACUGA